AUGAAUAUUGAAAACUCGAAAGAAAUGAAUUUGCAAAGACCUAGUGUGAAAGAAGUGAAAAAUUUAGUAGCAUCCCUAGAGAGAUCUAGUGAACUUUCAGGUCGUGGUAAAUCAAGCAAAAGAGUCUGUCAAUUGUUCAAUAGUGAUCGUCGUGUUGUUAGCUGGAAAUUCCAAGAAUGGGAUUAUGGUAAAAAGAAUAUUACGCUACCUUGUAAUGCUCGUGGGUUGUUCAUCACAGAUGAUAAAGAAAACCCACAAAUUGUAACUAGAGGUUAUGACAAAUUCUUUAACAUCGAUGAAAUGAGUCUUACCAAAUGGGACUCUAUAGCUAAAGGCACUGUGGGUCCCUAUACUAUUACUUUAAAAUCCAACGGUUGUAUCAUAUUCAUAUCGGGUCUUGAAGACGGGACUCUCGUGGUUUGUUCCAAACACUCAACUGGACCUCGAGACGAUGUGGAUAGAAACCAUGCUGAAUUCGGUAGAAACUACUUGUUGAAUCUCCUACGUGAGAGAAACGUAGAUGUUAAACAAUUUGCCCGAAGAUUGUACGAUUUGAACGUGACACUUGUGGCAGAAUACUGUGAUGAUUCCUUCGAAGAACACAUUUUGGAGUAUACUGGUGACAGUGCAGGAUUGUACUUACACGGUGUAAAUUUAAACAAACCUGAAUUUGUCACUUGGCCCAUGAAAGAGGUUAACGGUUUUGCUCAAGAAUAUGGGUUUAAACCAACUAUGUAUUUUGACCUACCAGAUAUAACCUCAUUGAAAUCUUUCUUGGACAAAUGCUCCCAUGAUGGUACCUAUAAAGGCAUGGAAGUAGAGGGGUUUGUCAUUAGAACCCAUUUGACUGAAACUGGUCAAGAUUUCUUCUUCAAAUUUAAAUUUGAAGAACCAUAUUUAAUGUACAGACAGUGGAGAGAAGUGACUAAACAAUACAUCUCUAGCAAGUCUAGGUUAUUGAAGUACAAAAGGCAUAAAUUUAUUACCAACAAUUAUCUCGAUUUCGUUAUUCCCAUCUUAGACAACGAUCCUAAACUAAGUGAACAGUACAUGAAAGGAUUUGGAAUUAUUAAGUUAAGAAAUAUGUUUUUGAAAUCAUACGGUAUGUCAGGAUUGGAGAUUUUGAACCAGGAGAAGAUUCAGGAAUUAGAACUGAAAAAUGCCACUAAUGAUUCUGAUAUUGUGGAUGAAAAGACAAAGUUCUUAAUUUUCCCUAUUUCUGUCAUUGGUUGUGGUAAAACUACUACUGCAUUAACUUUAACUAAUUUAUUCCCAAAUUGGGGGCAUAUUCAAAAUGAUGAUAUUACAGGUAAGGACAAAUCAAUGCUCAUAAAGAAAUCACUCGAGCUAUUAGCCAAACCAGAUAUCAAAUGUGUCUUUGUCGACAGAAAUAAUCAUCAACGUAGAGAACGUGAACAGUUAUUCACCUGGGUCGAACAAUUGAGAGAAAAUUAUCUUCCCUACUAUACCAAUAUUAAGACUAUUGGUUUAUCAUUUGCCUCCUACGACGAUUUGGAAAAAGUGAAAAAAUUGACCAUCGAUAGAGUUCUUGCUAGAGGUGAUAACCAUCAAAGUAUUAAAAGUUCAGUUUAUGGUGAACAAAAAGUUUUAGGUAUCAUGAAUGGGUUUGUGAAAAGAUACCAACCAAUUAAUGAGAACAGAGAUCCAGAUAACCUUUUCGAUUAUGUGAUCCAUUUGAAUUCCCUAGAUACGAACUCUUCUCUCAUCAAUGCUAAAGAAACUGCGAAGAAAUUGCAUGAAAAGUAUCCUGUUUUAGUUCCCAACAUUCCCACUGAUGAACAAAUUGAAAAAGCAUUGGAAAGGAGUCUAGAGUACAAACCAACUACUAAAAAAGUAGUCGGUGGUGGUGGUAACAGAAAUAAGGACAAAAACAGAGGUAAAAAAUCUGAUAAAUCCAAAAGAAUCAGCCCGGUCUAUUUUUCUGCCAAUAUUGAAAAAAAGGAGAAUAUCAUUGAAAUUGUCAAGAAAACUUUUGAAGGACUAAAUUCUGAAAGAAAAUCUAGUUUAUCUAAAUUGAUUGAAGAAGACAGGUUUCAACCUAAAUUCCACAUAACACUAUGUCAUGUUACACAGGGCAAAAAUGGUGCACCAGAAACUAAGCAACUUUGGGCAUCUUAUCUAAACAGAUACAACUCAGAAUUAGAAAAAUUGGAGGAUCUACCACAAAUUUUGGCUACCGGUGACAAAAUUAAAUUUAAACCUAUUAAAUUAUGUUGGGACGAGAAAAUAGUUUCUAUGGUUGUGCAACUUUCCGCAGUCUUGGACCCUCAUAAUCACAUUGUAUCCGAACUUUCUUGUGGAAAUGCAAUCCCCCACAUUACCGUUGGUAUUCUACAAGAUGGCGUAAAACCGUUUUAUUCCAACGAACUAUGCCAAAAAAUAUUUAGUAACAAUCCACCGCCAGGUUCUCAGUGUAUCGACCUGGAUAGUCAAGAUAUAGAAGCUGGCAUUUGCAUAAAUUUUUGA